AUGGCCCCGGUCUCCGGCGUGUUUGGGCUGUUGACGGGACUGGACCGCAGCGGCGGGUCUGGGGGAGGGCCCGCGGGGCCCGGCUUGGCCCAGGCCGUGAGCAUGUGGCUGGGGGCCGUGCUGCUGGCGGUCCUCCUGAGCGCCACGGACUACAGCAGCGCCCGCCCCAGCGCCCGGCAGAGACGCACCAGAAGAAAUCAAAGCACUCGGCACAGACAGCUCAGUACGGAGGUCCCGCCCUCCUGCUCGCGCGGCUGUGACCUCUGCUCCCAGUACAACGGCUGCCUGAAGUGCCUGCCUCGGCUCUUCAUCCUGCUGGAGCGCAACGACAUCCGCGAGAUCGGAGUCUGCCUCUCGUCCUGCCCUGAGGGCUACUUCGGCGUCCGCAACCCCGACAUGAACAAGUGCACCCGGUGUCGAAUAGAGAACUGCGAGGCCUGCUUCAGUAAGGGUUUUUGCACUAAAUGUAAAGAGGGGCUCUACUCCCACAGGGGGCGCUGUUACAGCAGCUGCCCCAGGGGGUUCAGCACGGCCAACGACACCAUGGAGUGCACCAGCACGGUGCAAUGUGAGCUGGGGGAGUGGGGCCCCUGGGGGCCCUGCAUGAAGAAGAACAAGACGUGCGGGUUCAGGAAGGGGACCCAGGCCCGGUCCCGUGAGCCCGCCCAGGCCCCCAGCCCGGUCACGGCCCCGUCUCCUGUCGCCACGGCAACCUGCCCAUCCGAGACGGAGAGCCGCAGGUGCACCGUGCGGAAGGUCCCCUGUGCGGGGGGCAAAGAAAAGGGGAAGAAGAAGGGAGUGAGAGGAGAGGAGAGCAAGAACAGAGAGAGCAAAGAGAGCAAGGGCCGGAGCCGUGAGGCCAAGGACAGCCGCGGGGGGGGGAAGCGCAAGAAGGGCCACGCCCGGGCCACGCCCGGCCCCCCCCUCACCCCCAGCGGCACCAACUAA